CCCACAUAUGUAGCUCCUAAUCUAUAUACAAGGGGAAAGCAAAUGCAUGGCUAUCAGAUGCUUCUCCGAUAGGAUGAAGAUGUGAAUAUCAUCGGCCGGGCAAUCACUUGAGUUGAAUUUGAGUCAGUCAAAAGCAAAGCGGUUGAAGCAAUUGAGCUAAUUAAAACGUACAAGCUGCAAAAAGGUUGGAACCGUCAACCCAGUGGCCCCCUCAACCCGGCCCCAUAAGUAUGAGAGGGAGUAAAUCACGGUGAAUACGGGCCCAGCUAUGACAUGGUGGUCUCAGGUGUUUAGCACGGACAGAUAUUGAUGUUAUCGCAUUUGCUGUCGCAGACCCUCGACCUCUCGACUCAUGCUGCAAGAAUCCAUGUCAUAACCAGUUGAUCCCGCCCGUGGGGGCGAAUAAUUAAAACGUACAAGGAAUGAUGUCACGAUGUUAAUUAGUUAAAGCCAAUUCUUUCCCUUCGACGGCAUUCCAGCUAGAUAUAAUAAGAAGGGCCGGAGCUACCUAGCUUAUGGAAGAAAGCAAAUGUAUGGUCAUCCGAUGUUCUCCAAUGGGAUGAAGAUGUGAAUAUAAUCGGCUGGGGAAUCACUUGAGUUGUAUGUCUUCUUAAUCCUUCAAAGUAUAAUGGAGAAUAAAGAUAGUACUUCUACAAUCAACAUAGAUGAAUGGGCAAGAGAAUUGGAAAAUAAGUCAAGCUAUGAAGCACAAAGGCAUGUGAGGUAUCAAAAUUCAACCAUCUUUAAAGUCUCGAAAAAUUUGCGAAGUGUUCAGCCUGAAGCCUAUGAGCCAAUGAUCGUUUCGCUCGGACCUUACCACUGUCAUCAACCUCACCUUCAAGACACUAAUCAGCUCAAGCGGCUCUUGAUCAACAAAUUGUUGGAAAAGGGUUAUGAAAAAAGUUUAAGGAACUAUCUCACACUUGUCAAGGAAGAAGAAACCAAAGCGCGAAAUACUUACUCAGAGCAGCCAAUCGACAUGUGUGAAAAAGAGUUCAUCGAGAUGAUGCUGUUGGACUGUGUGUUUGUCAUUAUGAUCUUAUGGUUUUGGAAGAAGGACGAAAGCGGAUUGAAAGAAAUAGAAAUUCCCAGCUUUCUGAACAGGCAAGGAUCAUGGAGAAUAGUGGCACGAGACAUGUUGCUAUUAGAGAAUCAACUGCCCUUCUUUUUGCUCGAGGCUUUGUUCGGCUCCGCAUUCCCUAACAUGCGUGGGAGUCUAAAGGAAUGGGUGGUCCAAUUCUUCAGUGGCUUUGUAAUUAAUGAUAAGGUGCCAGAAGUACCCAAGGACACUAAGACAAUUCAUCACAUUCUCCAUCUUUUUUAUUUAUGUAUUGUGCCAUCAGACAGAAGUAGCAAUGUUGUUUUUGCUCGAUCAACUGUACUCAAGGGCCCGAGGAUGGGACGGGUACAAACUGCGACUCAAUUGGAGGCGACUGGAAUAGAGCUCAAGAGGAAGCAAAAGGCAAUGUCCUUCUUAGAUAUCACAUUCAAUGAAGGGGUUUUAGAGAUCCCCCAGAUCAGGAUUGAUGACGAUACCGAUAUCCUCUUUAGGAACCUCAUUGCAUUGGAGCAGUGUCAAAAGAGCACUAAUUGCUAUGACAUUUCGACCUAUGCCUGGGUCUUAUCUUGCAUCACUUGCACUGUUAAUGACGUCGACCGACUCCAGCAGAAAGAGAUCAUCAUCAACGGGUUUAGCAAUACAAACGAAGUUGUCAAUCUCUUCAACAAUGAUAAAAGGUGGAAUCGUCACCCUAACGGUUCUCUGGCCCCGGCCUCACAAUAUUCCAGAGAAAAUAAAUCACGAUUAAUACUGGGCAGGAUAGGUGACUGGGGGUCGAAGGAAUUUUUGGCACAACAGACCAGGAUUUUAUUCCCGAGUGCAACUGGUGACCUUCGACCCCACGACUUCCAAGCACCUAACCAGCUGAUUGUCAAUCUCUUCAACAAGCUCUGCAAGGAGGUGGUGGUCGAUCACAAAAACUGCUACAUUUCAAAUGUCUUCAAGGAGGUAGAAAAAUACCGAUCAAUGAAGGAGUUAGCAAAAUAUCGACUAAUGGAAAACGUGAACUCACAACUGCAGACCAGCCCAAUACACGCGGACGCCAGGUUGGAGAUGAUGCUCAAUCAAGCACAGGAGUACGACAGGAAUGACCAACACCAGGCCAUAAAUGCAAACAUACAGUUUGUUGGUAAUUGGCAAUAUUUAUAUAAAUAGGAUAUAUUAAGUCACUUAAUUUGCUUGUAAAGCUAAAUAGUUCUUAUUGUGCUAUAAGUUGUAACAGAUAAAGUGUGAUUGAUGUGUAUGAUAUGCCAAAUAUAAUACGCCAUU